UCAGACAUGCGCAAUUCUACUUGAAGGGCUAAUUUCCCCAACUCUAAGAAUUUGUUGUAAAGAAGAAGAGGAAAAAAUAUUGUUACUAUUUUGCUCCCGAUGGUUGUACCAUGUCGAGGCGCAAGCAAGCCAAGCCACAACACAUCAACUCCGAGGAGCCCGGUUCGGCGGAAAAUGGUGCUCUUCGGGACGAUCCAGCGGAGGAUGACGGGAUCGAGGCAAAGCGGAGUCGCAUGGAGGACCCCCGCGUGUGCGACGGCUGCUGCGCGGAGUUCUUCGAGCCUUCCGAGUUCCUGGAGCACCAGAGGAGCUGCACCAAGAGCCAGCAGGUGGUCAUCAUGAAGGAGGGCGACGGAAUGGUGCCGUGCGACUUCUCACAAGGCUCCCCUGACGGUUUCCCGGGCGACCACAGCGAAAGUCAGCCUCGCGGCGACCAGCGGCUGCAAGGAGAUACGGGUUUAACGGAGAGGAUGGAGGAGGAGGAAGAGGAGGAGGGCGAGGGCGAUGGGGAAGAGCUGCAACCAUGCACCGACGAGGCACCAAAACGGGCGGAGGCAGAGAUGGGUGAGACCUCUGCCAGCCCUGACAGGAUCUACUUGUCAGCCGCCAAAGUGCAAGACACAAACGUGACUCUGGAGUCCAUGCCUGCUACCAGAGUGGCGGUGACGCAGCACUCGUCCAGCCGGACAAAGUCUCCACCCUCCUUCUCGGCCUCCUCUUUGGCCUCCUCUUCCUCCUUGCACGCCAACCUGCAUGCUAUCCCCAUGAUCCUGGAGCAGCUGGUCAGCCUGCAGCAGCAGCAGCUGCAGCAGAUCCAGCUGACGGAACAGAUCCGGAUCCAGGUGGCCAUGAUGGCGCCCCAGAGCCUGCACUCUGCCCUGGGGGCCGCCGUAGACCCGCUCAAAGCCCUGGGGGCACACCUGUCCCAGCAGCUCUCGGCUGCUGCCGCCCUCAUUGGCAAGAGGACUGGCUCGCAGAGCCUGUCCCUGGAAGCCCUAAAGCAAGCAAGCCACUUGCCUCACUCCAACGCUGGUCUUGUUCCCCUCCCGGGAGGCAUGCAGGCUGGCCCCGCCCCCCCCAAAUCAGAUUUGCCAAAAGGCCUCCCCGACCUUGCCAGCCGGCUCCCCGCUCUGCUUCCCCAGUCCCCGGGAGCAAUGGCUUUCCAGAACCCAUUUGCUGGCAUGGCGGCUGCCCUGGACUCCUCCAAAAAGGGGAAAGUCAAACUCCCCAGUCCAGCUGUGGAUCCAAAGGUGGCCUCUGGAGAACACCAGUUCAAGCAUAAGUGCAAGUUCUGUGGCAAGACAUUUGGGAACGACAGCGCCCUCCAGAUUCACCUGCGUUCGCACACCGGCGAGAGGCCCUACAAGUGCAACAUUUGCGGGAACCGCUUUACCACCAAGGGAAACCUCAAGGUGCACUUCCAGAGGCACAAGGAGAAGUACCCACACAUACGGAUGAACCCUCACCCUGUCCCAGAGCACCUGGACAACAUCCCCACCAGCAGCGGCAUACCGUACGGCAUGUCCAUGCCUAUUGAAGAGUCCAAUUUUGUUGAUGGCAAGCCACAUCUGGGUCUUCCCUCGGCAGGCUUCCACCCUUCUGUGCUGCAGGGCCUCAAGCCCACUUUUGAUGGUCCCCUGGGGGGUGAUGUGUACUCUCAAAGACCUCCCUCUUCUGGAAGCGACGGGGCCUCAAUCUCCUCUGGCAUGUUCAACCAGGAGAUGGGUGCCGACCAUUCCCAGGAGCCCCCAGGAGGUCUGGGCACUCUCCACCACCACGUGAAUGGCAACGGGCUGCCCGGUGACCAUGGUUCAGGCACAGCCAAGCUGCAGCAGAUGGUGGACUGCCUGGAGAAGAAGACUGGUGACCCCAACGAGUGCGUCAUCUGCCACCGGGUUCUGAGCUGCCAGAGCUCACUAAAGAUGCACUACCGCACGCACACGGGCGAGCGACCUUACAAGUGCAAGAUCUGCGGCCGAGCCUUCUCCACAAAGGGAAACCUGAAGGCCCACUACGGCGUCCACCGAGCCAACACGCCGCUGAAGAUGCAGCACUCCUGUCCCAUCUGCCAGAAGAAGUUCACCAACGCUGUGGUGCUGCAGCAGCACAUCCGCAUGCACAUGGGCGGCCAGAUCCCCAACACCCCUCUCCCAGAGAGUCCCUUUGAGGGCCAGGAGGCUGCGGACCCCACCCCCACCCCCCCUGAAGAGGAGAAGGCCCUGGACAUGAGCAGCUUCCAUGACGAGAGCUUGGAGGAGCCCGAGAACGAGAUGAACCCCAGGGAGAGGCCCCACGGGUUCUCUGAGCCCCUGCCCCCUUUGCCUCCCCCAAACUCGAAGGAAGAGCUGCCGCAGCCCCCCCACCCACCAUCCAUGUUUUCGGGUAUUGCUGCUUUGGAGAACCACAUGAAGAACCUUGCGUCUGCCCUAAACCUGCAGCGGCAGGCCAGCUCUGAUGGGAGUGAUGGGGUCCCUAAAGAGCCGAUCUCUGCCCUGCCAGGGGACCAGGAGUACCAGAAUGGCAGGAGCCCUGCUGUCUCGGAUUCCAUCUCCUUCCAGUCCUCAUCUCCAGUCGACAGCCAGCUGGGGAGCAGUCGGUCCAAGUCUCCUGAUCCCACUGUCCCUGAUGACUGCAGCAGGAUGGCAUUCCGACCCGACUCUGACGGCGGGCCCCAUGACCCAGAAUCCAAUGGUGCUCUGGACCUGACGUCAGCCAGUUUCACCCCCAGGCCUAUCAAGGAGGAGCCUGGCCUGUCUUUUUCAAAUGGUGAAUAUGGCUCAAGCCACAUGCCUUACAUGCGUGUCCCUCCAAGUCUAGUUAAGCUGGAGAUGCAGACCCCUCCAGAGAGCCCCAUGGGGGCCCACAGCCUAUUUGGGCACCCCAUGUCCCUGGGAGGGGGGGUGCAGCCACCCUCUACCUCGGCUGCCCGCCGUUCUGCCAAACAGCACCUCUGCAACGUGUGCGGGAAGAACUUCUCCUCGGCCAGCGCCCUGCAGAUCCACGAGCGCACGCACACUGGAGAGAAGCCCUUCGCCUGUACAAUUUGUGGCAGAGCCUUCACUACGAAGGGCAACCUCAAGGUGCAUGUUGGGACUCACAUGUGGAAUAACUCUGCAAGGCGGGGUCAGAGGCUGUCUUUAGACAACCCCAUGGCGAUGAUGGCGCUGGGACCUGAGUCCAAGAUCAUGCCGGAGAUGAUGCCAUCCCAUAAGGACAUGGCCCCGCCGCCGAUGAACUUCGACCCCACCAUGUGGAACCAGUACGCGGCCGCGUUCACAAACGGCCUGAGCAUGAAGACCAAUGAGAUCUCUGUCAUUCAGAACGGGGGCAUUCCCAUGCCCGGAAGCCUGGCUGGUGGUCCCCUUGUUGGCUCGACCGGAGGCUUGGUGAAGAUGGACGGGUCCCAGUCUGGCCUUCCCGCCUCGAUGGCGGAAAUGGAAAAGAAUGGUGGGGAGAGUGUGCCAAAAUCCCAGUUCCCCCAUUUUAUGGAAGAGAGCAAAAUCGCGGUGAAUUAAUUUUGGCCCGAGAAGGGAAUAGGACGAGGCGUUUUGCCCUGUAUCUCUUGGUUCUUUUUACAGAUGUGAUACUCAUAUUUUCCUACUGAAAUGUAUAGAUUAUGACUUUUAUGGUAGCUAUUUUUUUUUUUUUUCCUAUUUAACACUUGCUCACAUGAGUACAAUCACUUUUGCGCUUUGCCACAAUUUUGGAAAUGAGGUCUCUUGGUGAACAAAAAUGAGCGAGUCCUGCAAAGUGCUCUUUAGCUUUUCCUGUAACUUGAAACAUGCAGCUCCCUCCUUCCCUUCUCCGUACAAUUUGAAGAGUUUGCCUCGUUAUGCUAGUGUUUCGUUUUAGUAGAACUUGAAUUUAACUACUGUAGAGGUCUCUGGUUGUAUUUACUGUUUGUAUGUCUAAGAUAUGCGGGUAACUUUUUGUAAGGCUGUCAUCUUUUUAGUCUCUUCUCCCUCCAGAAGUUGAAUGUAUUCAUCUUACUUGAAAUGGCUUUAAUCCAAAUGGGUCUAUCUAAUGUCAAGAAUAGAGGUUUUGACAAAAGGCAUUGCCAGUUUGAUAUUUCAGGAAAUACAAAAGUGGUGUCCUAACAUUGAAUCGUGCCCUGUCCGUUUCCAUCUGGUUCCAUCUCAAAAUUUAAUGCAUGAACACUUGAGUGCCUGUCGUGUACCAUCAACUUUAUGGACAUUGAUUGGGGGGGAAAUACUUCAGGUGUUUUUCACACAGUGAUUCAAAACGUGCCACUUUGUGUUCAAACCAGUUGGCUUUAGGAGACGCUUGUAGUGGAAGUUCUCUUCCAUGAAUGUGGACUAUUGCUGCAAACUCUUGAAAUUAAGUUAUUUUUAAGGUUGUUGACAAUUAGAACUAGAUUUAUUUUUUCCCAGCUUUCAAAACCAAAAAAAUCUUUUUUGCCAAGUGCCUGGCUUAACCUCUCAAACUUGUAUAUAUUUUUCUUUUAAGCACCAAAAGAUUGUAAUGAAGGUCUUUAUACCAUGUCUGUGUGUUUUGACAAAUGUACUCCUUUAAUAUUUCUAUCAUUCGGUUUUUCUGUGGAAAUGUUUUGCCCUCUUCAACUUCCUGGAAUCAGUUUGAGAAUGUUUGCUCCAUUCUUCUUCAGUAAUUUUCUGUGCCAGCAUACCAUUUUGGAGCCUUUAGAGAGCUGUGUCUUGAAGGCUAUUAAAACACUGAACACUGUUGCUCUUGGCUGCACUUUAAUGAAUUCCCCCACCCACGUUUCCUGAUGUCAUGGUCCACCUUUCAGCCCUACUGUUUGCUGUUUAGUUGCCUCUUAAAUAUGAAGACCUAUUACCGAGCAUAAUUGAUCAGGUCUGCUUCUUUGGUUUAUUUUUCCACCUGUGGGGCUGGUGGUGUUACUUUCAGAUCCUGUUUAAAUCACUCCUCUACCUCCUGUCAAUCUUUAAUUGUGAUCUCAAAUCCUGUCAUGUUAACCAAAUUGGCAAAUCAACAAAUUAUUUUCCCAACCAGUUGGCAUCCCCCAGCUCGAGAUGCCAGGCUGCUCUUGAGUAUAAAUUGUAAUGGUUUUGUUAAGGGGGGGUGCCUUUUUUCCUACCUCAUCUUCAGGUACAUAACUGGAGUAGCUUAUCUAAAUGUAGUUCUUUUUUUUGUUUCUUUUUUUUAUUUUAUUGAAUGUAUUGUUGGACACAUUGCACGUCUUUGCUCAGAACAGAUUUUGUUUGUCCUGGUAAUCACUCUUCCCAAUGUAUGCAUUUUACCAAGUUGUGCCUUUUUAAAAAAUAUAAUGAAUCUGCAUCUGAACUGGGUCAGAGGGGUCUUGGGAUCUACAAUACAAGAAUUAUGGAGCCUCUGUUACUUUGUUGCCAGUUUUUUGGCAUGUUUACAGUGUAGACUUUGUAAAUCAUCUUGUUUUGCAACUCUUUUCCUCCUUUUUCAAGCAUCUUAAUGCAUAAUGUUACUUUCUGGUCUUUUGAAAAUAAAAUCAGGGUGACUUUUCCAAA